AUGGGGUGCCGGAUCGGUACGGUGACGGGGGUGGACCGCGUCAGCGCGUACCAGCCGCACAACGGGGACCGGGGAGGCCCAUUGCAUGUUCUGAAACUGAAACUCAGAUUUGCUGAUUGCUACAGCCUACAGAUGACAGAAACAGGGGGUCAACCUGACUCUGAAAGUGCAACAGCCAAAGCGAAUGUCCUGAGAAGGAACUCAGAUGAUGUGGGAUGGGAGUUUGGGGUUCUUGUUAAUCCAAACAACAAGGACCAGGUGAAGUGCAUACUCUAUGACAAGGUCAUGUAUGGAGGGGUUUAUCGGUUGAAGCAGCAUAUUGCUCAGGAAGGAAAGAAUGCAAAGAAAUGCCAGGGCACGAAGACCUCCAAAGAUAAGUUAAAGGAGGCUCAAGAAAAGUGUAAGAAAGCACUAGAUGGAGCAAAAAGGAAGAGGGAGGAGAAGACUGUUCGUGAGCUAGAACUUAGAGAGGAAGUUCAUGUAUCUAGGGUUGGAACCUCAGAGGAAGUCACUUGUGUUGGAAGUUCAGAGCCUCACAAAUUAGGCCCCAUGGAUAAAUGGACAAGAGCUAUUGAUCCUACAGCAACCAAAUCUGAAUCUUUGACUCAACAGAAGCUGAACAAGGAACUUUGGAAAGAAAGAUUACAUGAGUACUGCACUAAUUUUGUAACACUGGCAGCAAUACCAUUCAAUGCUUGUGACAACGAUGAGUUCAAGCAAAUGUGUGAAGCAAUUGGACAAUUUGGGCCUGGAAUUGAACCUCCAACUAUGUUUGACCUGAGAGGGAGAUUGCUAGAAGAAGAACAUGCAAGAACCAAGAGUUUGCUGCAAGAACGUGAAGCCGAGAAGAUGAAGAAUGGGUGCUCUAUUAUGACCGAUGCUUGGUCAGAUAAGAAGAGGAGAAGCAUAAUGAAUGUGUGCACUAAUUGUGCUGAUGGAACCAGUUUUAUUUCCUCAAAAGAGAUGUCAGAUGUGUCACACACAAGUGAAGUCAUAUUUGAACUAGUGGACAAAGCAAUUGAGUUAGUUGGUGAGGAUGAUGUGGUGCAAGUUGUGACUGACAAUGCUUCUAACAACAUGGGAGCAAAGAAGCUGCUGCAUGAGAAGAGACCACAGAUCUUUUGGACCUCUUGUGCAGCUCACACAAUCAACUUGAUGCUCCAAGGAAUUGGCAACAUUCCUCGAUUCAAGAAGGUGGUUGACCAAGCAAAGGCAUUCACCAUAUUUGUCUAUGGGCACACAAGAACACUAGAGUGCAUGAGAUACUUCACUGAGGGGAGAGAGAUAGUAAGGCCAGGAGUGACUAGGUUUGCUUCAAACUUUCUGACUUUGGAAAGCAUACAAGAGAAGAAGGACCAACUAAGAAAGAUGGUGGUUCAUAGUAGGUGGGACUCACUGAAGGAUGUGAAAUCAAAGAAGGGAAAAAAUGCUACAGCAACUAUAUUGAAUCCAAAUUUUUGGAAGGAUGUGAAGUUGACAUUGGCUGUUUUUGAGCCAUUGUUCAAAGUUCUUCGUUUGGUUGAUGGAGAUGUGAAGCCAUCCAUGGGUUUCGUAUAUGGAGAACUAUUGAAGGCAAAGAGACAGAUCAAAGAGGCGUUUGGCAAUGUUGAGUCCCGUUUCAAGGAUGUUAUUGCUAUUGUUGAGAAGAAGAUGGCUGGAAGACUUGAUUCUCCAUUGCAUUUGGCAGCUUAUUUGCUGAAUCCACACUAUAGUUAUGCUGAUCCAUCAAUUUUUGAUGUCCCCAAAAUAACAGUAGGUUUUAUCAGUUGUGUGGACACUUUUUAUUAUCAUGAUGAGGAAAUGCAAGAACAAGCUGCCAAUGUUGAACUCCAGAAGUUUCAGAAUAGAGAAGGACCAUUUAACAAGAAACUUGCAAGGACUUUUGAAAACUUUGAAUAUAAUCCAGCAUCAUGGUGGCGGCUGUAUGGAACUGAAACACCAGCUCUACAGAAGAUGGCUACAAGGAUCCUAUCUUUGACAUCAAGCUCUUCUGGUUGUGAAAGAAAUUGGAGUGGGUUUGAUGCAGUGCACACUAAAAGGAGAAACAGACUUACUGUAGACCGCAUCAGCAAGUUGGUCUACAUUCAAUUCAACAACAGGCUGCUUAAUAAGAGAGCAAAGAUUAAGUCAAAGAAAAUUACUGAUGUUCUCUUGUCUAGUGACACAACUGAAGCUCAAGGUUUCCUCCAAGAGAAUGGAGAUGAUUUGGCAGCAGUUGUUUUUAGAGAUGAUGAAGAUGAGGAACUCAUGGAAGGUACAGGAAUACCUUGGUCUGUGCUUGGAGAUGCAGUGGGAGCAGAAGAACAACUACAGCCACGUAGAAGUGCAAGGGUGAGAGAGCUCUAUGAAGGAGAAGAGUUCCAGUCCGAAGAAGAAGAGUUUGAUGAAGAUGAGGAUGACUAUGUGAUGGAUGAACCCUACUAA